CGCAGCCAUCUUAAUUCAUAGCUCGAGUGGGCGGUGGCGACUCGUGCGGGCGGUCCGGAGCCAUCCCGGCGGAGACGCUGGCUCUCCUGGUUCUUCGGAGGGGGCUAGUUGGCGUUUAAUUUUUCUCUUCUAGCUUCCCAGCGGCCGGGCGGUGCGCACGUUGCGGUCGUGGGAGGCCAUGUCCGGAGACGGCGCUGCGGAGCAGGCAGCUGAGUAUGUACCAGAGAAGGUGAAGAAAGCCGAAAAGAAAUUAGAAGAGAAUCCAUAUGACCUUGAUGCUUGGAGCAUUCUCAUUCGAGAGGCACAGAAUCAACCUAUAGACAAAGCACGGAAGACUUAUGAACGCCUUGUUGCCCAGUUCCCCAGUUCUGGCAGAUUCUGGAAACUGUACAUUGAAGCAGAGAUUAAAGCUAAAAAUUAUGACAAAGUUGAAAAGCUAUUUCAGAGAUGCCUUAUGAAGGUUUUACACAUUGAUUUAUGGAAGUGCUACCUUUCCUAUGUUCGCGAAACAAAGGGUAAACUACCAAGUUACAAAGAAAAAAUGGCUCAAGCUUAUGACUUUGCACUGGAUAAAAUUGGAAUGGAAAUUAUGUCUUAUCAGAUUUGGGUGGAUUACAUCAAUUUCUUAAAAGGCGUGGAAGCUGUUGGGUCUUACGCAGAAAAUCAGAGGAUAACAGCUGUUCGAAGAGUUUAUCAGCGAGGUUGUGUUAAUCCAAUGAUCAACAUCGAACAGCUCUGGAGAGACUAUAACAAGUAUGAAGAGGGUAUCAAUAUUCAUUUAGCUAAAAAAAUGAUUGAAGAUCGGAGUAGAGACUACAUGAAUGCUAGACGUGUAGCAAAGGAAUAUGAGACCGUAAUGAAAGGCUUGGAUCGGAAUGCUCCUUCAGUGCCUCCUCAGAAUACUCCUCAAGAAGCUCAGCAAGUCGAUAUGUGGAAGAAGUAUAUACAGUGGGAAAAGAGCAACCCUCUUCGUACAGAGGAUCAGACUCUUAUAACAAAAAGAGAUAACGAUAUGAAUAAUGCCAAAUUGUUUAGUGAUGAAGCUGCUAAUAUAUAUGAAAGAGCCAUAAGCACUUUAUUGAAGAAGAAUAUGCUUCUUUAUUUUGCAUAUGCUGAUUAUGAAGAGAGUCGCAUGAAAUAUGAGAAGGUUCACAGUAUAUAUAACAGACUUCUGGCAAUUGAAGAUAUUGAUCCCACCUUGGUAUAUAUCCAAUAUAUGAAAUUUGCAAGGAGAGCAGAAGGUAUCAAAUCUGGAAGAAUGAUAUUUAAAAAAGCAAGAGAAGAUACCAGAACCCGCCACCAUGUCUACGUUACUGCAGCGCUCAUGGAAUACUACUGUAGUAAAGACAAAUCAGUUGCCUUUAAGAUUUUUGAGCUGGGACUAAAGAAAUAUGGAGACAUUCCAGAAUAUGUCUUGGCUUAUAUUGACUAUCUAUCUCACCUCAAUGAGGACAAUAAUACCCGAGUUUUGUUUGAACGAGUUUUAACGUCUGGAAGCCUCCCUCCUGAGAAGUCUGGAGAAAUCUGGGCCCGAUUUCUAGCUUUUGAAAGUAAUAUUGGUGAUUUAGCGAGUAUACUCAAAGUGGAGAAAAGGCGGUUUGCAGCAUUCAAAGAAGAGUAUGAAGGCAAAGAGACAGCCUUACUGGUUGACAGAUAUAAGUUCAUGGAUUUAUACCCUUGCUCUGCAAGUGAACUGAAAGCCCUGGGAUAUAAGGAUGUCUCCCGUGCUAAGCUAGCAGCUAUAAUUCCAGACCCAGUUGUAGCUCCUUCUAUAGUGCCUGUUCUGAAAGAUGAAGUGGAUAGAAAACCAGAGUACCCUAAGCCAGACACUCAGCAGAUGAUUCCAUUUCAGCCACGACAUUUAGCACCUCCAGGCUUACACCCUGUCCCAGGCGGAGUGUUUCCAGUGCCCCCCGCAGCCGUCGUCUUGAUGAAACUUCUCCCUCCUCCUAUUUGUUUCCAGGGUCCUUUUGUUCAAGUGGAUGAAUUGAUGGAAAUUUUCCGAAGAUGCAAGAUACCAAAUACUGUUGAGGAAGCUGUGAGGAUCAUCACUGGUGGGGCCCCCGAGCUAGCUGCGGAAGGCAAUGGCCCGGUGGAAAGUAAUGCAGUACUCACCAAGGCCGUCAAAAGGCCCAACGAGGAUUCAGAUGAAGAUGAGGAAAAGGGGGCCGUUGUCCCCCCUGUUCAUGACAUUUACAGAGCGAGGCAGCAGAAGCGGAUUCGAUGAGGCAGCCUUAAAUCCCGCCUCUGACAGCUCUUACCCAGGAUUCCCUUUUUGCCUCAUCUGUCACAUGUUUAAGAGACAAUGCUUUGUUACAAGGUUCUUGGAAACAAAGUUGUAUUGUCAUUGGUGCCUCUAUCAUAUGGUUCUUGAGAAGAAAAAAAAAAACCUGUGUGAAUUUUAGAAUAUGGAACAGACCUACGCUUUAAGCAACAUUAGGUUUUACAAAAUGUGAGAACAGUACAAAAUGAAGAACCACAUUUUGUUCCUUCUUCAAGGGUGUCCCACAUGUGCCACCGGAAGAUGUGUGCGUUUCCACAGUUUUAUUUUAAAAACUGGAUGGCUUAUGAUUGUAAAGCAUUUUAUCACAUUUUCUGAAAAAGAGUUGUUCUCAGUUUGCUUAUGUAGAGUCCUGCCUUAUUGUUUGUUUUAUUUAUGGCAGAAUGUAUGGAGUCUGUUUUGUAGUUUAAAAUUUUAAAACAGUCCUUCAAAAAAUAAAAGUAUGUAAAAAAUU